UCAACAUUCAAGCGUUUCCGGUUCAGCACUUGUAGUUGUUCACAGUCUCACACCAACGAAUCUCUGAAACCCAACAUGGAUUUGAGAAUGAUUGGCCUCGACUCUCCACUCUUCUCAGCCCUCCAACACAUGCUCGACGCCGCCGACGACUCCGACAAGUCCGUCAGCGCCCCCACUCGCACCUACGUCCGCGAUGCUAAGGCCAUGGCUGCGACGCCGGCGGACGUCAAGGAGUACCCCAAUUCCUACGCCUUCAUCAUCGACAUGCCGGGGCUGAAGUCCGGCGACAUCAAGGUGCAGGUGGAGGACGACAAUGUGCUGGUGAUCAGCGGAGAGAGGAAGCGCGAGGAGGAGAAGGAAGGCGCCAAGUAUGUAAAAAUGGAGAGAAGGGUGGGGAAGUUUAUGAGGAAGUUUGUGUUGCCUGAGAAUGCAAAUACUGACAAGAUCUCCGCGAUUUGUCAGGAUGGGGUGUUGACCGUCACGGUGGAAAAGUUGCCUCCGCCGGAGCCCAAGAAACCCAAGACCAUUGAGGUGAAGAUCGCCUAAGAUCCUUGGGGUUUUGGGGGGUUUUAUGGUAAAAAAUGUGGUGGAUAAUAGGUUCAAGUAUGGACCAUGGUUGUGUGUGUGGUUUCUAGUGAUGAAGCUGAGGCUUUCUUUAUCAGUAUGUAGUUUUGAGCACCCUAUCAAUGAAGUACCUCUACUUAUAUUAUAA